CUCGCCACACACAAUAUGACAUGAACCUCCGCACGAGGCGGAUGCACGCCGAUACUGCCUCUUCCACGCCGAAUCCAGGACUGUCUUGCUGGAACUUUCACUCGUUAUUGCUCGAGCCUUCCCGACGCGUUCGAGAUCGCUGAAGUGAUGCGGCACGUACUUCUCAUAUCUUGACGCGGGGCUCUGACUGGGCAACACACUUCGCCGUGCCAUUGACACACAUAACAACGACAGCACUCGAAUGGCUGGGCCGGGUGCCCACCCCUCUGAGUGGCAGCAUGCAGGUGCCCAGGCCACGGUGGUACAUGUAAGUCACACCCGACUUGCUCAUUAGACACAGGCAAAGAUGAGAAUCAUGGUAAAAGGUCUGAAGGCGGUCGCUGUGAGGUUCUGGCUAUGCACUCAACCCCAGUAACCCGGCAUUGACGACUGUUAAGAGACUGAAAAGAGCUGAGCGAAGCGGAAUCUUAUCAUCACGAAAGGGCCCAUUGAGGGAAUCCACCACUAACAGCACGCAGGCAGGAGAAGACCGCGAAGAACUCUUCCCUGGUCGCAAAGUGAAAUAUCCAGAAGCGCGACCGCUUGCACAUCCUCCGGUUCACAACGAUUCACGUGCACAGGCAGCCCACGGCCACACCCUACCGCGAAGCUACGACGAUCAUGAGCCACCAGCUAAUGUGCGGAAUUCCUUUCGACGUGAGCGUAAUGACUCCAGCCCAGAUCAUACGAGAGGUCGGCAAGUUGAGUGGUCAGGCAUGCGCAACGGUCAAGUCGGAAGUUCGUAUUCAGCAAGGCGGCCAUCGCCACCCCUUCGUACGAACCCGAAGGACUACCCAGUCCUUGACGACUACACGCGCCCUCCAAGGACCGUGUCUCCCCUUUCAAAAAGAUGGCCAACCGAAGAUACAAGUCGUCCUCUGAUCCCUCGGAAUCCGUCGUGGACAAGACAGGAUCACACACCGUUCGCGACCACAGCCACGAUCCCUUCUUCAGUUCAUCCGAACGGCAUGCAGAGGAUUUCCUCUGAGCAUCCCGACAGCGCAGAUUUACACUCGCAUCGUCCAGAGCCACAUGUGUUCAUUGCAGCAGCAGACUUGCCCACGAAACCUUCCACGAUUAAGCAUCUCAGGAGGUUCUUCCGUAAGUUCGGUGUUCAAGCUGUUUUGAUGGAUUCCGCGGGUUUCUAUAUCACCUUCUUGGACACAAGCGCCGGGGUGCAACAGUUAGUACGGUGCGCGAAGAGCACAGUCAACACCGUUCUGUUCAGUCAAUACCGUCUGCACCCGAAGCCCUACUAUAAGUGCCAACGUGUCACAGACCUCCACCAACUCAGCGCGACUCCUGCUGCCUUGCAUUCUCGAUCAUCGUCCCCUGGAAUAUCCAUCCUUGGUCGAGCGGCAAGACCAGUGGCAUCUACGGUCCAACACGGCGACGAAGAUGGCAUGGACGAGGUGGCGCCAUCAAUCACCUUGCGACCGUUGAGUGCAAGCCCUGAAGUUCAAGCUGGGACGUUACCGACUGAUCACGGCAAGGUUUCAUAUGACUUGCAAAGUGUUAUUGCAGAGGUGGGUCUCAGCGCGAUGCCACUACCUUCCGCUGGUCCGCUGCCCAAGAGUGCUGGCCAACCACGCAGCGAUGAUAACGCAUCCAUGAUCAGCGGCACGACUUCCUCCAGUCGCUCGAAAUCUACGAAGUGCCAUGUCUGCCGCGGCUUGGGCGGAUCCAUGUCAAGGUGUGGGACAUGCUCGUCCCAUUACCACAAGCAUUGCCGCCCAAAUGGGUUUAAAGCUGAGACCGCAAAUCUGCAUUGGCAGUGCGAAAGUUGUGUUCGGAAAGGCAAGAAUCCAGUUACCAAGGUCAUUAGCAGAGAGCCGAGCACGACGAAUGGAGUUGAAGAGGCGAUUCCAAAGCCGCAAAAUGCGCAGCGGGCGAUUUCAAAGGAGAUGGCCGAGCUGGCUACAGUUGACAUUCGCGAUGCAACUGCAGGUACUGGCGGCGAUUCGGAGCAAGCGCGAGCUCCGGUCCUCGCAGAGCAUGUCAACGAGACCGUUGAACAGAGGAGAGGAGACCUCAAGCGAGAUGCCGCGGCCAUGCAAGCACAAGACAUGAUGGCGUAUGAUAACCACAAUGAGCCGAAUCCUAAAAAGAGGGCUCGCACGGAAACGCCAGGGCACAUACCACAGUAUGUUGUUGAGCGAUCGCUAGCGUCCAUGGAUCUCGAUGAGCCCUUGCUCCCUCUCGCGUCAGACCAUCUCGACGUCCCUCCCGGCACCGUCGAGACAGCCACUACUGGAGCCAACCAGCCCGCUCCGGCUUUGGCUCCGGCUCCUGUUCAAAGCGUCGAAGAGCCAGCACGAGAGGAUAGCGCUGAGCUCGAGCUUGAGCUGUCGCAAGAAGCACAAUUGCUAGUGGAAAAGAGCUUCGCAGCAACACCUGCAUGUUCAAGUAACGUUGCGCCCACAAACAAGCUCAAAUUUACGCGCGUCAAGCUAUCAGAAGUGCAGCCAAAAGCCUCUCACGCCGCUACCGAGAACGAGCUCUCUGGCCUCACGCGGACAAGUCAGCAAGCCAACAGCGUCGCAGACCAGGCUUCUGAUUACGCGCUCGAGGCAAGUUGCCUAGAGCCAGAAGCAGAUCUGCUGGGCUUGUGGAAGGAUAAUCGAUCAGGUCCAGAAACUCUGGAGUCUACCGAAGCAACCCCUGGGAAGGCUUCAUUGCUGCAGAUCCGAGAAGACACUUCCAGUGUAGCCUCACCCGCCGACAGCGUGAUACAGCCUGUGGCUGUGAAGUCGGCGGCCCCAGCCAAAGCACGUCGAUCAAAGUUUACAGUAGUGAGAUGCAAUGGCUGUGGCAAGAAAAUCCCUUUUCAUCCCUCUGGAAAUUGUUCUUCAUGCAGAACCAAGGCUGCCGAUGAAUCACUCCAAGCUGACGUGCCCACUGCGCAAGGUGAGCAUGAGCAGUUGGCAGCGUGCAUGGGAACAGCGGCAGAGCAAGUCGCGGAGUCUGAAGUAGUACCCAAUUUUGGUGUCACUACUGAGCAAGCCGAGCGUGGACAAUCAAUAUCAGAGGAUAUUGGAGCAGAACAUGGACGAUCAACGGCACAGCAACGAAUUACAUCAGGACUAGACACAAUAACUCCGGCAGUCGACCCAUCCGACUGUGCACACGACCAGACCACUCAAUCCGUAAUUGAGCCAGCCGAUGUUUUUGAGAGCGGAGAAACAUCAGCCGAGCAUUCAAACACCCCAUCGUGGGAAGCAGCACGGUCCAAACCGCCUUCUGCCAAUGUCGAGCGCAUUGACAGCCCUGAAAACAUCGGAGACGGCUUGACUGAUGGAAACAUUAUGAGGUCGAAGACAUAUGGGCAGCGUCAACCUCAGAGGAUGAAGGCGGCCGACGAGCAUGAUCUAGGAGACUCCUUGCAUCGGCCGAAGAACACAUACAUACGCCUUAUUGGAAUGGCACUAUGCGCUGCGGAAGAGCACGCAGCUACCACAAAGUGGGUCACGAAUUGGGUGGCCAACAACAUACCCAAUUACCACAUCGAGGAAGGAAGCUGGGCGAAGCACAUGGAAGCUGUCAUGUGUCUAAAUGCUACAGGACGGAGUGGAAAGAUCAUAUUGACGUCGGCAGAAGCGCAAAUCGUAGAAGGAGGCAAACACAAAACCAGAAAACUGUACAGCCUGCUUCCCGGAUUGGAGGAUCAGCUGGAACACUGGGAUGAGGUUCUACAGCAACCCAGAUCGCCUAUAACGUCGCGCAAGCAAGACAUCACGGACAUUGCCACCACAGCAGUCAACGACAGUGGUGUUCCGCAACAACGCCUUCCCAUGAAAAAGCUGCCGCCUCUCAAGCUCAGAGCGCAAGGAUCAUCUCAAGUGCCAGAGGCCAAUGCAUUGGAUACACUUGCCUGCGACACGGCAGAGACUGCACUUCCAGACAUGGACAGCUCAGAUACCGACACUGAUCAUCGAACGCAGAUUCGGCCAAGAAAGGCCACAUCGGCGACCGCUGCUGUCAACCACGAGCUAGACGAUGACAGCUCGGAAGAAGAUGUACCACUCAUGAAUCGGGUGGGACAACAUUCCCCGUCUGAGCAGUUAACUUUCGCAGCAAAUGCCCCAGUCAAGCGAGUUGACCGGUCUAUCACAACCACUCCAUCUGCUACUCUGCAAGAGCACGAAUACAUUGCUCCUGCAGUGGCUGCUGCUGAUCGCCAAGAACCCGAAGCUCCCUUCCUCCACAGGGAAGAAGAGCUAGCGCUGCUACAGAUGAUCGACAACGACAACAAGAAUCGCAGACAUGCCUCCUUAUCGCUUUUCGCCGACCGCCCCCAAUACCAUCCGAACAGCGACGACAAGCGACGAGUGAAAAUGGCAGAAAUCGCGCAACGCCCUCGGCGAAAGGAAAUCUUCGGCAAGCCCGCUGGACAUUCUGUCCUUGGCUUCACCCCUCUCUUCCAGCAGUGGUCCCGUCCUUCGUCAGCUCUUGCUAGUGACAGCGAGGCUGGUCCUCUCGGCAAGAGAACUUUCAAUACCGGGAAACCAGAGUCUCGACUUCGAGAGCCGCGCCCGGAUGGGACCCAGAUUGAAGAGUUUGCGACUCUGGAGGACUUUUUGAAUGUCCCGGAUGACCUCGUCCCUGCCAUCGUUGACAAGCAGCUGGUGUAUCGACACCGGUCGGGCAUGUCGAGGACGAUGUAUAAGACGGGCAUUUGAGUUUUCUGCUUUUUCUUUCUGCUUCUUAUGUUUUGCUUUUCUGCUUGCGGCGGAUUCUUUUAUGAACAGCGUUAUGAGCGAGCAUCGGGAUAACGGGAUAUUUUGCAUGAAAUGGCGUUCAUGAUUAAUGACACAUGCGGUUAUGAAAAGGCGUGAGCCCAGCCGCGCUUGUGGGACUGUAUACAGACGGGGGACAAGUCUCGUCUUAGCAUAAUACGAUAAUGAAGAAGCAGUACGGGACUUUUGCCUGGUGCUACUCAACAUAUCCACGAUCAACCCUCUUCACGCUCCUCCGCCUGUUCUCUCGGCCUGAAUCUCACUUUGACGCCGGUCAACAUCGCCAUGAAGUAGUAUUUUAUUUCCUCCUCGUUCGGCAUCUCCACCUCAAUAUCAAACUCUCGAAAUAAUGUCGCUACCACCUUGUACAAGAUCAACUGUGCCAGAUUCUUUCCCGGGCAAGUCCUCGCUCCGCCACCCCAGGUGAGGUUGUAUCGCUCCAUUUCUCGGACAGAUUUACUGUCUGCAAGCCAGCGCUC